GGCAGGGCCGCAAGGAGAUACCGGAAGUGACGCGAAGGCGGUAGUCCCGCCCUCUCCGGCGGAAGUCCCACGCAUCCGUCAGCGUUCCCUCGUGUGUGGCAGCUGGCAUGGCGCACUACAACUUCAAGAAGAUCACGGUGGUGCCGUCCGCCAAGGACUUUAUUGACCUGACGUUAUCGAAGACUCAACGGAAGACUCCAACAGUGAUACAUAAACAUUACCAAAUUCACCGCAUUAGACAUUUUUACAUGAGGAAAGUCAAAUUUACUCAACAAAAUUACCAUGACAGACUCUCACAGAUUCUAACAGAUUUCCCCAAAUUGGAUGAUAUCCAUCCAUUUUAUGCUGAUUUGAUGAACAUUCUCUAUGACAAGGACCAUUACAAGCUGGCCUUGGGACAAAUAAAUAUUGCCAAAAAUUUAGUGGACAACGUGGCUAAGGAUUAUGUGCGGCUUAUGAAAUACGGAGACUCUCUCUACCGCUGCAAGCAGCUGAAGCGAGCCGCCCUCGGCCGGAUGUGUACAAUCAUCAAAAGACAGAAGCAGAGCUUGGAGUAUUUGGAACAAGUGCGUCAGCAUCUGUCCCGUCUGCCAACUAUUGACCCGAAUACGAGGACCCUGCUCCUGUGUGGGUACCCGAAUGUCGGCAAGUCCAGCUUCAUCAAUAAGGUGACGAGAGCCGACGUGGACGUCCAGCCCUAUGCGUUCACGACCAAAUCCCUGUUUGUGGGGCACAUGGACUACAAGUACCUGCGUUGGCAGGUUGUUGAUACUCCCGGGAUUUUGGACCACCCUUUGGAGGAUCGGAACACCAUUGAGAUGCAGGCCAUCACGGCCCUGGCUCACCUGCGCGCCGCGGUCCUAUACGUGAUGGAUCUGUCCGAGCAGUGUGGGCACGGGCUGAGGGAGCAGCUGGAGCUGUUCCAGAACAUCAAACCUCUCUUCAUCAACAAGCCUCUUAUAGUUGUAGCAAACAAAUGUGAUGUGAAGCGGAUAGCUGGACUUUCUGAAGACGAUCAGAAAAUAUUUGCAGAUUUGCAGGCCGCAGGAUUCCCCGUGAUUGAGACUAGCACCCUGACGGAGGAAGGGGUUAUUCAGGUGAAAACUGAGGCUUGUGACAGACUUCUGGCGCAUCGGGUUGAAACCAAAAUGAAAGGAAAUAAAGUGAAUGAGGUGCUGAACAGGCUGCAUCUGGCCAUGCCAAGCAAGAGAGAUGACAAGGAAAGGCCCCCUUUCAUCCCUGAGGGAGUGGUGGCGCGCAGGAAGAGAAUGGACAUUGGGGAGCCCAGGAAGAAGCGGGAACGAGACCUUGAAGUAGAGCUGGGAGACGACUACAUCUUGGACCUUCAGAAGUACUGGGAUCUAAUGAACUCUUCUGAGAAACAUGAUAAGAUACCUGAGAUCUGGGAAGGCCACAAUAUAGCUGAUUACAUCGACCCCGACAUCAUGCAGAAAUUGGAGGAGUUAGAAAAAGAAGAAGAGCUGAGAACGGCAGCAGGCGAAUAUGACAGCGAAUCCGACAGCGAGGACGAGGAGAUGGUGGAGAUCCGCCAGCUGGCAAAGCAAAUUCGGGAAAAAAGGAAGUUGAAAAUUCUGCAGUCCAAGGAGAAGAACACACAGGGGCCCAGGAUGCCUCGAACCGCUAAGAAGGUUCAGCGGAAAGUCUUGGAGAGUGAGAUGCGCAGUCUCGGUGUUGACAUGGAUGACAAAGACAAUGCCCAUUAUGCAGUCCAGGCCAGAAGGUCCCGGAGUGUUACAAGGAAGAGAAAACGAGAUGACUCUGUUCCACCCACAUCAGUAACCCGGAGCCGCAGCUGCUCUCGGACUCCACGGGAUGUCUCUGGCCUUCGGGACGUCAAGAUGGUGAAGAAAGCCAAGACUAUGAUGAAAAAUGCUCAGAAGAAGAUGAACCGCCUGGGAAAGAAAGGAGAAGCAGACAGACAUGUGUUUGAUAUGAAGCCCAAGCACUUACUCUCCGGAAAGAGGAAAGCCGGAAAAAAGGACAGGAGGUAGAGUCCUCUGCAGCUGAGAUGGUUUGGCUAGACUGUUAGUUUCCUGGUCUGGCCCAGUUUCACGAAACGGGAGUCCUGACUAUAAACUGAAAAUUGCGAUGACAUACCUGACGGGCUUGUUGCUUUGCUGUACGUUGGGGUAUGCAGGUGUGGGAGACGUUUGUCACCGCAAUGAUGGGAAGGCACCUUGAGCCGACUGUGGUUUCUGCAUUUGUUGGGGUUCUGAUUGCUUCAGGUCUGCAAAACUGGAAAGAUUGAUUGAUGCAAAUUUUUGUUUUGAUGGAGAAGAAUCUUACUUUUUUCUGCAAGAGGGAACUUUGGUUUGUGUAUGUGUAUUGUCUCGCAAAGAAAGCAUCUCCUUGCAGACGUGGGCAGAAGGUUGGCGGCCCUGCCCUGCAAAUGUAAGAGUGAAUGCCAGUGCUAGAUUAUUUUCUAGUUUUUUUGUACAACGUGUGCAUCGUUGCAAUCUAUUUUCAAUUAGUUUAUCUAAAAUAAACUUCUGAAAGAAAGUG